AUGGAGAAACGAUUGGGAUUUAUGCGUCUACAUUCACUACUGAAGAUAUCUAUCGCUUAUCGCGCCCUGCUUUUACUGGCUCUAGCUGCUGGCACUGAAUCAAAUCAGGAUCUGAGGGAAGACUGGCUCGUGACAGAGGACGAGAAAACAAGUACUGUUCGCUUUAACUGUUCCAGCAGGCACAUCGCUCCUUUUAAUCUGCUUUCGAGUCAGGGUGUCAGCUUCAACUGGACAAUACACGAAGGAUGUCCUGAAGUGGAUGCAGUCAUAAAGGAAGUAUGUAUAGUUGUGGUUCUAAGAUGA